AUGACGGCAGCUCGCACUGAUAUGGGCGUGUUCCUGGUAGACGACGACGUCUUUUCAAGUCACGAGGUGCAUCUAAUAACACAAGAAGAGGAUCUGCAGUCUGCGAUUCAGCCGCGCACGAUGGAGGAGAUCCUGUACAUUGCGUCGGUCGUAGCGCAGCACCAGUUCCCAGUCGAUGUCGUGAAUAACAUCCUCGAGUUUGCGGGCGUUCUGCUUCUGUUCGAGACGGAGACGUCUGAGUUCUGUCACGGACGCAGCAAUAUGAAUGAGAACUAUGUGCAGCUACAGGUACCAACUGCCGACCAGCUACAUCUUCCUCAUGGAGUGGACGUGGAUAAGUGUUUCUUGCUGGUGACGGAUUGUGUGUCAAAAGAUCAAGGCUGGGCCACAGACGAACGAGAACAUAACGGAACGUAUCGUAAAUCAAGCUCCUGGUGUGAAUUGUCAGUAUCAUCAACAAGCAAGGAGGUAGGGGGCGCGGAGACGGUGCGUGUACCAUUGUGGCCAAAUCUUCGUGCCAGCCGGAAUUUCCGCCACCACCGCAAGCAAUUCGAUGCCUCUACUGACUUGCUGGAGCACGUUGAGCUCGGCAGCUGUGUGUCGAUUGUGCUUCGGUCGGAGUACCCAGGUUGGACGAACUCUGCAAAGUAUGGCCGAGUUGCCGCCUGCUUUGCUGUGAAGCUCAAGGACGACUUCUCGUUUGCUGAUGAUCCGUUUCCUAGUCGCUCUAUUGGUGCAAAGGAAAGUGAACGUCCUCCCGCUCCAAUGCCAGAUCGCUCUUCUUGUACGAACGAGGCUGAAGGUCCUUCUGAUCCAUGCUGUCUCCAAUAA